AUGUUCGGCUUCAGGGUGAACCUCUCGACGCAGGACGUGCUUCUGCAACUUAAAGAAGAGGUCCUGGAGACAAUGCCCAAGAAUGGGGAAAACAUAGUCAUGGCACUUGAUAUAAAAUGUGCUUUUGACAACGUCAGCCAUGCCGCUAUAAUGGAGGGGCUAAAUAACGCCAACUACGGGAGAAGAAUCCAGGACUAUGUCAAAGACUUCCUGACCAACAUAACGGCCACAGUGGGACUAGGGGAGUUGAGGAGUGAUGUCUUCAUCACCCCAAGCAAAGGCACACCCCAAGGCUCAGUCAUCUUGCCCAUACUCUUUAAUGUGGCGAUGAUCAGCCUAGCAGAACGACUCAGCUGA